AUGCUGCAUAAUUAACAAAUGCACAUCGGCUGGCACCCUUGAUUAACCAUCACAUAUGUCGGUGACUUUUCGUCGUUUAAGAUGUGAAUCGGUGAAUCAUCUCAAUUGUUUUGCUCGAAACGUUUGACAGCUUCCGACGCUCUUCAGUAAUUACUUAUUUAUGAUUCGGGAAUGAUUUUUAUUUUGGUGUUGGGUUUCUUUCGGUGCGCGGUGUUAAUUUUGUGAUAGUUGAGUUUUUUGGUAUCAGGAAACGACUCGAAGAUGUCUCCCACAGCCACCCUGAUUUCACCUUCAAGCAACCUGUCCUCACCUCUGACCCUAACACGAAAUCGACACCUAGAAUACAGCAGCUCCGGAUCUUCAUCAUCUCUGCUCACGUCAUUUCCUGCCACCAAUUGGUACCAGUACCAAGGAGGAGAUCACUAUCAACCAAAACUGCUCAGCCCCCCAUCCGGAUCAUGGAACACCUUCUCGACCGCCCAACAGUACCCGUUCAACGUUUACAGUCCCUACUACAGCAGCGAUCCCCUUGCGGACAUCAUCGACCAAUUCGCCGAUCUGGCGGUUGAUGGGCGGCAGCAGCCGCCCACGCAGCUGAAGAGGCCGCCCCCGGCCGCCUACUUGUGCCACCUGUGCUUCCGCAAAGGGCACUACAUCAAGGACUGCCCGCAGGCUCGUCCGAAAGGUGAAGGCAAAACACCGUAUCAAGGCAGGAAAAGGUGUUUCGGCGAAUACAAGUGUCCGAAAUGCAAGAGAAAAUGGAUGUCAGGGAACUCGUGGUCAAAUAUGGGCCAGGAGUGUAUAAAGUGUCACAUCAACGUCUUUCCACACAAACAAAGACCUCUGGAAAAACCUGAUGGCUUAGAUGUUUCGGACCAAUCCAAAGUUCAUCCCCAGCAUCUGUGCCAGAAGUGCAAGGAGCUGGGGUAUUAUUGCAGGAGAGUUCAAUAGAAUAUUACAAAUCUCAUGCCUAAUAGAUCGCAGAAGAAUUUCGAAUUAAAAAUCUCUCAACAGUGCUAUUCUGCGAUUUUUUUAGGAUUUAGGAAUGGAAUUUGUGAUAUUCCAUUGAUUUAAUUUUAGGUACUUAUUUGUUUUCAAUUAUUUUUUUAUCGCAC